UCGCCCUUUCAAUAAUCCUGGCAUUAGUAUCAUUUUGAUUACCCCAAAUGAGCCCAGACGCAGAAAAACUAUCCCCUUAUGAAUGCGGGUUUGACCCUUUAGGGUCCGCACGCCUGCCUUUCUCCCUCCGCUUCUUCCUGGUAGCUAUCUUAUUUCUACUAUUUGAUCUAGAAAUUGCCCUACUACUUCCUCUACCAUGAGGCAACCAACUACCUAACCCCCUCGACACAUUUAUUUGGGCCGCAGCUGUUCUUGUGCUCCUUACCCUUGGACUAAUUUAUGAAUGAAUUCAAGGAGGCCUAGAAUGAGCUGAAUAGGCGGUUAGUCCAAAAUAAGACCUUUGAUUUCGGCUCAGAAAACCGUGGUUUAAAUCCACGACCGCCUUAUGACACCCGUACACUUUAGCUUCACCUCAGCAUUCAUUCUCGGACUUAUAGGCCUCGCAUUUCACCGCACCCAUCUCCUAUCCGCACUUCUAUGCCUUGAAGGCAUAAUAUUAUCACUAUUCAUUGCCCUCGCCUUAUGGGCACUCCAGCUAGAAUCUACUGCCUUCUCUGCAGCCCCUAUGCUUCUUUUAGCCUUUUCAGCCUGUGAAGCCAGCGCAGGUCUAGCCCUCCUAGUUGCCACAGCCCGUACCCACGGAACAGACCGCCUCCAAGCCAUAAACCUCUUACAAUGCUAAAAGUAUUAAUCCCUACAAUCAUGCUUUUUCCUACAAUCUGACUAGUCCCAUCAAAAUGACUAUGACCUUCUACAACUGCCCACAGCAUGCUCAUUGCCCUAAUUAGCCUAACUUGGCUAAAAUGAAACACAGAAACAGGGUGAACCACCUCCAACCUUUAUAUAGGAACAGAUCCUCUCUCAACCCCUCUGCUCGUCCUGACCUGCUGACUCCUCCCCCUAAUAAUUUUAGCCAGCCAAAACCAUGUAACUCCUGAGCCAAUAAGCCGCCAACGAAUAUAUAUUACCCUUUUAACCUCUCUUCAAACCUUCUUAAUCAUAGCAUUUGGGGCCACCGAAAUCAUUAUAUUUUACAUCAUAUUUGAAGCAACCCUUAUCCCAACCCUAAUAAUUAUUACUCGAUGAGGAAAUCAGACCGAACGCCUAAAUGCAGGCACAUAUUUCUUGUUUUAUACCCUGGCGGGGUCUCUCCCCCUGCUCGUAGCUCUGCUCCUCCUUCAUCACAACACAGGAACAUUGUCCAUACUAAUUCUACAAUAUACACAACCACUGACCCUUAUCUCUUGAGGAGAUAAAAUCUGAUGAGCAGGGUGCCUAAUCGCAUUUCUAGUAAAAAUACCACUAUAUGGCGUACAUCUUUGACUACCGAAAGCGCAUGUAGAAGCCCCUGUAGCAGGGUCUAUAGUACUAGCUGCAAUCUUACUAAAACUUGGCGGCUACGGAAUAAUACGAAUAAUAAUUAUAUUAGACCCCCUUUCUAAAGAAAUAGCAUACCCGUUCAUCAUCCUCGCACUCUGAGGUAUUAUCAUAACAGGAUCUAUCUGCUUACGACAGACAGACCUAAAAUCCCUCAUUGCAUACUCAUCCGUUAGCCACAUAGGCCUGGUUGCAGGAGGAAUCCUUAUCCAAACCCCAUGAGGCUUUACCGGAGCAAUUAUCCUAAUAAUCGCCCACGGCCUGGUUUCCUCCGCACUAUUCUGCCUUGCAAAUACAGCCUAUGAACGAACCCACAGCCGAACAAUAGUAUUAGCCCGAGGCCUCCAAAUAAUUUUUCCCUUGACCGCUGUCUGAUGAUUUAUUGCUAACCUCGCAAAUCUAGCAUUACCCCCUCUACCAAAUUUAAUAGGAGAGCUCAUCAUUAUUACAGCCAUAUUUAACUGAUCCCCAUGAACCCUAGCUAUAACAGGAGCCGGGACAUUAAUUACCGCCGCUUACUCCCUUUACCUUUUUCUUAUAACACAACGAGGCCCCCUGCCCACACACAUUACAAAUCUACAACCAUUCCACACCCGAGAGCACCUGCUAAUGAUCCUUCAUCUCCUACCAGUUAUCCUUCUCAUCACAAAGCCUGAAUUAAUAUGAGGAUGAUGAUACU